UCUUGUGCACUUGGAGGGAUGGUCUAUGGAAUGGACGAAUUGAUUCAACCGUGGAGAUACUGUACCUUCUAUGGAGAAUGCUUUGUUAACACGGUACAAUCAUUCUGUUUCGCAUUUAACGAUAUGAUCACAUGGACAGACUCACUUGUCCCCAUUCUCCACAACGACAACAUCAUAUUCUAUUUCAGAUUCGUCCCAGAAAAUGUCAUUAGAAAGACUGACAACUGUAAAUUUUCACCAACACAAACUAAUAAAUCAAGUGUCAGAGUGACAAGCAAAGACAAACAUCUCAUUUUCAUCUUCCCAGACAAAGAAACUAUGUUGAAAUGGGUCGAUGUUUUUAAUAAUUGUUUUAAUUAA